GGUCCCUCCUUGUAUCCAAAAUUCCAAAUGCCUUCAAGUGCACCCAUAGAAACCAGACCCCAAAGGCUUCAAGAGACUGCAAGGAACUUACCCUUUCAAGUUUAUUACAGUCCCAUAUUGACCCCAACAAAUCCAAUGCAAUCAAGUCUUUCAGUCCCUGAAAGGGACCUACAUCAGCAAGAGUUCCAAGGACCAUCAAGAAAAUCAGGAUCUGUGGUACUGUCAGAGAAAUAUGGUGACCAUCAAUCUGGCCCUGUGACUUCAAGAAAGGUGCGGAAGGAACGCAUUGUGUACUCCAAAAAACAAAAGCACCUGCUGCAAGAAUAUUUUGAUAAGUGUCAGUACCCAAACCAGGAUCAAUGUGUGAAGCUGGCAGAGUUAGUUGGUGUGACAGCGAGGGACAUCAAGAUCUGGUUUAAGAACAGCCGAGCUAAGUACAAGCGGAUGGCUCUCCAGAAUAUUACAGAAGCUUUGCCAGAGACCAAUGGAAGUUCAAAACCAGUUUUUGAAUCAACCCACUUUCCUGGUUCCAUACCUCUUGUUGCUGCUGAGAAUGGAGAGCCCAUGUGUUCAGGCACAUUUAGUGAGGUUUCCAUUCCCAAACUC